GAUUUAUAUCCUCAAGAAGAUCUCAAUUUUGUUCUGGGUGAAAGUUCUGUGACGUGUAAAUCUGCUAUGUUUUGUUUUGGACGGUAUGAACCUAUAGGUUUUGAUAAGGACACACACGUACCACUAGCGCAGAUAGAUGGUGAUCUGAUUUGGAAGCUCUUUAGGGUAAGUUAUCGCAUUAUUAAUGUUACAAAAUUGGGUAUUCAUUCCAAUCCAACUUCUAUUAUCAGUCACGAAACCUGCCAUCUUUUGGGACUUCAACACUGUACUUUUUUCCAUUGUGCCAUGAAUGAGAGCUCUUCGAUACAGGAGGCGAUAUCGCAACCAUUAUUCCUGUGUCCAAUCUGCUUGAGAAAACUUCAGAAAUGUUGCCGUUUUGAUGUAUUAGAAAGAUAU